AGAAGCCCCGACCACCGAUCACAUGAGACAGAUCUCACAGCCAACGGGGCGGCGAGGCCCCAUAAACUGAAUAAGAGGCGACAGUCCGCUCCCUAUAAGUAGGGCUGGAGCGCCAACGGAAGGACAGAACAGAACGGCUGCAGGGGGGAGAAGAUAUUACGGGGGUCUCUCUCUCUCUCUCUCUCCCCCUCUCUCUCUCUCUCCCCCCAUCUUUUUAUCACUCAUUAACCCCCAACACCCGUCCUCAUAGAUUUACUUGACAUUACUGUUCUUGUUUUGAACCUGUCCCCGGGAUUGUCCAAUUUUAUGCCGAUUUCGCCUCCCGUCAUGGUUUGCCAGACGAAGAUCGUGGCCGACGAAGAGAUGCCCGGUUCCAAGAACGACCCGAUCGUCUCUUCCAGUCAGAUGUGGCCUCCGCCGGCUCCACAGCCGCCUGCCGGCUCCUCCUCGCCCGCGGCGCCGCUCGAAACUACCCCCGGCGAGCCGCGCCUGAAGCGGGGCGCCGUCUACAUUCGUGAGUUUGAGCUCAGCGACAGAGACAGCGUGCGCCGUAUUUUCUUCGAUGGUAUCAUGGAGAGGAUUCCUAAUACGGCCUUCAGAGGGUUAAAACAGCAGCCCAGAAUUCUUCUGUUUUAUCUAUGUUUGACCGUAAUGUGCUUUUAUCUGACCAAGUCCUUGCUGCUGACGUGCUGUGUGCCCAUCUUACUUUUGGGCUCGAGAUACCACUACAGUAGGAAAGUUAUCGUCAGCUAUCUUGAGUGCGCACUGCAAACCGACAUGUCAGAUAUUGAGCAAUAUUACAUGAAACCGGCAGGCUCCUGUUUCUGGGUGGCAGUCCUGGACGGGAACGUGGUGGGCAUCGUAGCUGCCCGAAGCCACGAGGACGACAACACGGUGGAACUGUGCCGCAUGUCGGUGGACUUUGACCAGCGGGGCAAGGGCAUCGCCAAGGCACUGGGCCGCAAGGUGCUGGAGUUCGCCGUGCUCAACAACUACUCGGCCGUGGUGCUGGGCACCACCGCCGUUAAGGUGGCUGCCCACAAGCUGUACGAGUCGCUGGGCUUCAGACACGUGGGCGUCACUGACCACUAUGUGCUCCCCGGGAUGACUCACUCGAUGCUGGAGCGUAUCUUCUUCCAAGUGCGCUACCAUCGCUACCGGCUGAACCUUCGCGAGGAGUAAAGCCUACACUCGCACCCCUAACUCCUCCUCCUCCUCCACCCUCCCUCUCCCCUCUAGAGCGCCAAUCCCUCGACUAUUUUCCGUCCCCUGUCUCCCACCCCACACCCCCAGGACCUUCCUAUUUCUGUCACGGGAUGAGGGUCCCCCUGAUCUUCCCCACCCUGUGGUCACCGGCUGCUUCCCCUCACCAGUACCCUCGAGAGACCUGGGGAACGUUGGUGAGGAGGAGUCUCUCUCCCACCUCCAUCCCUGCCCUCCCCUCAAUCCACCACCCCAGGAGAAAAAGAAAACACGGACAGACAGCAGGCGUUCAAGAUCCACUGCCGAGGGUCUUCGAACCGAGGCACCUAACUCACCGAGUCAGGGCAGCUCAUACACCCACAAGCAAAGAGAACUGUCGCUCAUGCCACAUAAUGUAGUGGCAGCAAACACUGCAAGGGUGUCGUGUGUAUGUGUGUGAGAGAGAGAGAGAAUGACAGAGAAGAGAGGGGGUGGGGAUUUCAUUGGGGGUCGAUCACAUGCACUUAAUACCACCCUCGUCCCCCACUAUCGUCUCCCUGAUCCUCACAACCUUCACUUCACCACUAUUUUUUGAAGAUCAAAUUUUGUUGGGGGAUUUUUAAAUAUAUCAAACCUGAUAAGUCUGGCUUUGCUCUGUUGCUGGAGGGGUGUGAGAGCAGUGCCAGUCAUUUGCAGAAAGGUCGUGCCUGACCUCGGCGGUUAACUGGCCCAUGGGCUUUGAACAGACGUGGGCUCCUACAGGAAGUUGCAUGAUCGGAUGUACCACAACGUGAGAGAGAGAGAGAGAGAGAGAGAGAGAGAGAGAGGGAGAGAGAGAGAGAGAGAGAGAGAGAGAGAGAGAGAGAGAGAGAGAGAGAGAGAGAGAGAGAAAUAA